AUGGUCAUGCCUACCGGCUUGACAUGGAUACUUUUGAUCUUGCUCGCUAUCACUGCGUCGCAGGCAGCAAAUCCCUCCCAUCUCGUUCGAAAUCUUCCCGGGCAGCCGCAAGUCCAAUUCAAGCAGUACGCUGGCCACUUGGUUGUGAAUGCGUCGGCGCAAAGAGCGUACUUUUACUGGUUCUUUGAGGCCGAUCACCAGAAUCAAACAUCGCAACCAUUAGCUCUGUGGCUUUCAGGAGGACCUGGUUGUUCUUCCGUUGGAGCUGGAGCUUUCGGAGAGAUCGGACCUUUCUCCGUCGAUAUUAGUGGUACUAAACUGGAGAAACGCCGCGAUGCAUGGAACAAAGCCUCCGAUAAUCUCCAGUUCCUGCUUGAGUGGUUUAGAAACUUUCCAGAGUACUCGAAGAACGAGUUUUACUUGUUGGGGGAGAGCUACUCCGGUAAGUUAUGCUACCGAGUCACUGUGAUCUUUGAUUUCAAGCAGUACGCAGGUCACUAUAUCCCGACUCUGGCUAUGAAAAUCUUGGAGAACAACGCUAAUGGUAAGAACAUCAUCAACCUGAAAGGAUUUUCGCUAGGAAAUGCCUGGACUGAUCCUGCUCAUGACAUGCGAGGCGAUGUUGAAUUUUACUACAGUCACUCUCUCAUUCCAGAGCAGACUUACAACGAGCUGAUCCAAAACUGCGAUUUUUCCACCAUGCGCCCAAUCCUCGGAGGUUCCAUGAAUCCAAACUGUCAAGCAGCUUCGGCCAUCACGAACCGCUUGAUAAGUGGACUUAGUCACUACAACAUAUACAAACCUCCGUGUAAAAACGGGUCGUCUAUCACGCGCGAAGGCAUCAGAGUAUUACCAGGCAUCCGAUAUAAUUGUGUCCAUGCUACCGCUCUACAAAUCCUUGAUCCAGAAAAAACUUCGAAUCUGGAUAUACAGGUUGCUGGCUGGUCGCAAGCUUACAAUGGAUUGACAUUCUUGACGGUGCUCGGAGCCGGUCAUAUGGUGCCCCAAGACAAACCACAGCAAGCUUUGUCCUUGUUUGAGCAUUUCCUCAAAGGAAAAGUGCCACCAGCCAAUUGA